AUGAAGUUAUGUACUGUGUUAGCAAUAGUGUUAUGUAUUAUUUCCGUGAAUUUCGCAAACGCCUUAACCUCAGAGGAAAGAGCAGAAGUGACCGACUCAUGUUGUGUUCACGGCGAAGCGUACGCAGUGCUGGGCAACCAGGAUUGCGACGGCACCGAACCCCCUGACAGCAUUGAGGUCAACCAGACGUUGGUGUGUAUUGAGGUGAUGAAGAGCUGCUGCCAACAGUACAUCAAACGAAAAGCAGACUGCGCUCACGGAAUGACAUUCUCCAGUGCAAAGCGUUGCUCUAGUCCUGAUACUGACAUCGGAAAGAAUUGUUGUGAAGAGUGUUCCCUUGGAAGGCUAACAGGCGAGUCUCAAGGCAAAUUUGGAUGUGGGGGACCACCAGACAACGACAUGAGUACUGCGACGACUCUCAGGAAGAACGCAUUUUAUAAGUGCUGUCUGGAAGCAGCCAAUAAACCCCCAGUUGAGGUUGUUACGGAGAAAAUCACUUGUAAACCUGAUUCAUGCGAGCAAACGUGCAAUAUCGAAAAUGACAAAGUAACCUGCAGUUGUCAUGAUGGCUAUCGACUCUCGAGCGAUAAGAAGUCUUGCAAAGAUAUCAACGAAUGUGCUGAGUCAACUGACGAUUUGUGCACAUCUGACGGCACAGUCUGUCACAACACUCCCGGUUCGUUCAAGUGUGUGCCAAUAAAAAAGAGAGAGGUUGGUUUCUCAUGCCCGCCCGGUUACAAACCUAAUGUCAAGAAUCAAGUUUGUGACGAUAUUGACGAAUGCAAUCUACCAUAUGCACCUUGUCCAAGAAGAAUUUGCGAGAACACUAUAGGCGGGUACAAAUGUAAUGGCAAACCGGGCAGGCCGCUUACAGACGAUUUUGUGGCGUCAACACUUCGACCGCCCGUGACUCCAAGUGGUAUUGACAUGAGAAUUGACAUAUGUCCGCCUGGUUUUAGAGCCGGGCCAAAAGAUGAUUGUAUAGAUGUGGACGAAUGCGAAGAACAUUUGGACGAUUGUAAUAGACUGUCUCAGUACUGCAUUAACACGCAUGGCAGCUUUUUCUGUCAAGAUCAUGUCUCUAGGCGGUGCAAGCCUGGAUUCAGUGCUAACUUCAACACUGGAAUCUGUGAAGAUAUCAAUGAAUGUGAAGAAAACUCAGAAGCGUGCGGACGUGGCGAAGAAUGCAUCAAUUGGCCCGGAGCCUACACCUGCAAAAAAAAGACUGAAGCGUAUCCCACAAAUUACAGACCCGGUAAAGCAAAUCCAAAUAUCGAGGGGAAUGAAUGUCGAGAAGGUACAAGAAAGAAAUUGGGAGGUGGUUGUGAAGACAUUGACGAGUGCGUUGAAGGCAGUCACCUAUGCGAUAGGUUUCAAGACUGCUUCAACACGAACGGCGGGCAUGAGUGUUACUGCAAAAGCGGAUUCGAACUUGAUACAUCCGAGACUUGCGUUGAUAUAGACGAGUGCGCUCUGAAACUUGACGACUGUUCCCCUAACCAGUACUGCAUAAACACCCUCGGCUCAUACAUCUGCAACUCGAAGAAACCUCCCCACACAGUCCUUACCACCACUACCACCACCACCACCAAAAAGCCGAUUCCGGUGCCGUCAAAUGACUACGUGCACUUUUAUCCUGAUGAAGACAACUCAUCAUCCAUGGAUGAAACGAAACCAGAAAUCACCUCGGCGACUCUCAGACCAACAACCCUCCACCCUCCUAGAGCAACAACACGGCGCUUUGUUCCCAAGUCGACCACCAGAAGGCUAUAUACUAAUAAACCCACAACAACAAGCAGUACUAGAAAACCAGAACCUGUUAUUCCUGAAAUUCGUCCCGGAGUGGUACCUAUAGAAGUAGACGCAGCCAACAAACCAAAAGACCCUUUUGUUGUUGAAAAAGAAAAAGAUCCGGAAGGUUCCGUCGCUAUAAAUACAGCAGAAAUACCGAAAGAUACAUGGACUAAUGUUAUUGGAAUCGACCGUAAACCUGAGAAUCGGCCUGAAAAUAGACAAGAAGACUUUAAACCGACUACCAGACCUGAUAGUAGACCAAAUAGACCAGACAACAGGUUCAAUAGCCCAGAUAACCGUUUUAAUAGACCAGAUGGACCUUACAUCAGGCCUCAUAUACCUGAAUAUAGACCAGUGACACCUGGUAGUAGAUCGGAAAGACCGGAUAGUAAACCUAAUAGGCCGAUCUAUAAACCAGGAAGACCUAACAGCAAACCGGAAACACCUGGCCGUCAACCAGAAAGUAAACAUGAGAAGCCUAAUAGUACACAAGACGAUAAUGUUGGUCUAAAUGACUUGUUACAUUGCAUUAAUGGAUACGAAAAAAAUGAGAAGGGAGAAUGUGUAGACAUAGACGAGUGUAAAACCGGUCGUCACAUCUGCGGUGAGUUGGAGGUAUGCAUAAAUCGUCAAGAAGGCUAUAUCUGCGAAUGCAAGCCAGGAUAUAAGAGGAACGUGACCGGUGCUGGAUGCAUUAAGAUCCAACAGACUGUUACCACGAGUGUUAGAAGGACUACUACCGUCGCUCCUAUAGUUUCAACAGCCUGGUCACCGUACGCGCCCAGAAACAACCUCGAAAGACCUAGUAACAAGUUCCCACCACUCUCGCCGAACGACUGCGCGAUGGGUUACAAAUUCGACUCAAAACAAGGAAGGUGUGUUGAUAUCGAUGAAUGCACCACGAACAGAUCCACCUGUUCGUCUAGCGAAGAAUGCGUAAACUCAGCAGGAGGUUUUCAUUGCGUAUGUGGCUUGCGAUGUCGCGGCACGUACUCACCCGCGUACCCUACGUUCUCAACUACACCGCGAGACCCCACGCGCGCUGAGCCAUCGAUAAUCACAGUAGGAUCCCAAAUCGGGCAGCGAGGCCCUCGCUAUCUGAGACCUUCGAAUACUCGUCUUCCCGGCUCUGGAGCCAUUGUCAAGAAUUGCCCGUGGGGGUACAAGUUGACCGCCGAGCAAAUGUGUUACGAUAUCGACGAGUGCGCCAAGAACGUUACGGAAUGUGGACCCCAACAGCGGUGCGAGAACUUCUAUGGAGGGUAUUCGUGCCAGUGCCCACCCGGCCAUCAGUUAGUGGGCCAGAACGACUGUGAAGAUGUCAACGAAUGCUCGUACGGCAGGCCUUGCCCAUAUAACUCAAAAUGCGUAAAUAUCCCGGGAUCGUACCGAUGUGAGUGUGAAAGCGGAUUCCGCAACGCUCCGUCUAAUGACAAAAUGUGUGUUGACAUCGACGAGUGCUCGGAACGGCCCAAUGUGUGUGAACAGGGAUGUGCCAACACGUGGGGUAGUUACCGGUGCUUCUGUCAGAGGGGCUACCGCUUACAUAGCGACAACGGGACGUGCGUAGACGUAGACGAGUGUGCAGAGUGGCAGUCAGUAAGGCUACGUGGACGUCUGUGCGGCGGUGAAUGUAUUAACGAACUCGGCUCUUAUCGCUGUUCCUGUCCGUCAGGGUAUCGCUUGUCCGAAGACGGACGGAAUUGUAUUGAUAUCGAUGAGUGUGAUAUGGGCACGGCAACAUGCGCUCAUGGGCCAUCCGGCUUAGUGUGCCAGAACACGCGAGGAGGUUACUACUGCCACCGCAUCGAAUGCCCAAGUGGAUACCGACUAGAGUCUAAACACAUAUGCACUCGCGUCCAGCGCUCAUGCCAAGUGGGGGACUGGAACUGUAUCCAGCAGCCCAGUACCUACAGUUUCAAUUUCAUUACUUUCGUCGCCAACGCAUUCCUGCCGCAUGGCAGUGUGGAUCUAUUCACGAUGCACGGCCCUGCAUGGACGGACAGCGAGGUGACCUUUGAGCUCCGGAUGCUCAAAGUCGACGCGCCUGACGGCGUCAAGCCUAUGGAUCUUAGUUGUUUUGUCAUGCGACCAAUGAACAACAUCUGCGUGGUAUCACUUCGAUGUUCACCUGAAGGCCCACAGGUGGGCGAAAUGGAGCUCGUCAUGUCUCUCCACCAGCUACGGCGGUUCGCAGGCAGCGCCGUGGCUAGAUUAUUUGUAAUCGUUAGUCAAUAUGAGUUCUAGAUUAUAGAUUGUUCAAAGAGUACAAUUGGUUGUAAUUAAGUUUUUAAGUUAUAAUUUUCGUUGCUUUCACGCAUCUUUCUUGUAUACAAUUGGUAAGAAGAUAGUAGGUUGAGCGACUCGUACGCGUCUGUCGAUACUGGAAAGUGCUACUACGUAAUCUCCCAAUUUGAAGGCGCGUAGCCGGAUUGACAUUUAUAUGGUUAGAUUUAUAUUAGUGUGUCGCAACCUGUUGUGAUGGCAUGUGUUGUGUGUAUGAAACCGAUACCGUUCUAACGCGUCACGACACGACACGUCCGACAAAUGUAAAUCCGGCUAAAGGUUGAUAAUUAAAAAAUCAUCCGUUUAUUUGUAAACCACUGAGUGUGUACAGCCUAUAUUUGACUACUAGUGUUGAAUGAAUAUCCAAGUGAUGUAGCAUGCAGAUACUAAGACUCGAUUUAUAUUGCCGCGGACCAGAAUGAAGGCGAAUUUUUGUAACAAUAGCAUAAAGAACUUUUUCUACUCCUGAAUUUUACAGAUCAAAAUCUGUCAAUUACAAUUUCAUAAUUUUCAUGAAAUAUAUUACAAAAGCGCCCUUUUAGUUUGAACCAAAAUUAUAUUGUCUAUGGUACGCGCUACUGUAUUGAAAAAUUACUAUUUGAGUUUCAAAAAAAGAAUGUCGUAUUUUUGCUAAUUAAAAUAUCGAUUGAGAUGCUACUCAAACACUCCGCGUGCCCUCACCCGUACUGAGUGACCGGGCGGUCUCCAGGGUUUGACGCGCAAUUUCCGUCGAGCCGUCGAGUCGCUGCCGCGGAUUCUCAUGAAUCUUAGAUUGUUACAUCACAGGCGAUACUCGCGGUGGGGGAGCCCCCAUAAGGGUCGAAAUACAAAACUGCGGAUCGGUAACUCAGAAAACUACGACGCGAAUUGCUGCGAUGUGAUUUCGUGCGGUAAGGCAUCUCACUGCCACGAUUCGAGUAACCAUUCUUUCGACGACCAUCAACCGUACUGAACGUAUUUUUUAAACUAGGUAGCAACAUGGAUCGUAAGAGUGUUGCACUGUUGUUAUUGAUAUAAAAAAACACAAAGAAAAUCUUCUUUCCCAGGAAUGCGUGCAAGCUCGUAGAUUUCUGCAAUGCGACAUCGCAUCGCAAUUUUGUUUCGGCCCUAUGUCACACUAACGGAUACGUAGUUUAGUUAAUGUGACAAUAAGGCGAUCCCUCGUCGGGAGUGCCCUUAAGUUCAUUAUAUAUGGUUACAAAAUUCGCUUCUAUUCCCUUCCGCAGCAGUGUAAAUAGAGCUUUAUGAAAUAAAAUGGUUCGCUAUUCACUAGAGAAAUGAAGAUGCUCUUGAAUGUACAAGACGCGCUGCGCCUUUAGUAAGGAGUUACCAUAAUUGUUCCUAUUCUACUAUGUUAUUUAUCAGUAUCUAACUCGUCAUACAUCCGAGAGCCACACGGUA